UUUCCUUCACCAAAAGAAAUGUUCCCAAAAGCAAAUCCUGAAGCAUAUUCGAUUCCAAACGAUUUAACACCUUCAUUAUUUUAAAAUGCAUUAGGUAUAAAAUUAACUCCAGAGCCUCGUGCAGCAUUUAUGUAAUUUGCUAAAUAGAAUGGAUAAAUGUAUCAUAUAUUUGAUGCGUCUAAAUUUGUAAAAUUAUAAAUUAAAGUAGAUUUCAUAUUUUAUAAAACAGCCGCUAGGUAGAAUUUGCUAAAAAGCAGCAUUUUUUUUAUAGGGAAAACAUAGACCUACUUUCAGAAAUUGUGAUUAAGUUACCUUUGAUAAUAUAAUUAUUGUAAAUGCGGAAAAUAUAGUAUUAACAGGAAAAAAAGCUUUAAAAAAAACAAUAUUUUAUCAUAGUGGAUAUGUUGGAGGAAUAAAGGAAAGAUCUUAUAAACAUUAUUUAACUUAAAAACCUGAAUAACUUAUUUACUAUUGUAUAAGUAAAAUGCUUCCUAAAAAUAAAAAAAGAAGAGAUUUAUUAUAAAAAAUAAGAAUUUUUAGAGGUUUGUAACAUGAUCAUAAAGAAUUUCCAAAUGUAGAGUUUAAUUAAAAUAUAAAAUAAAAUUAUUAUGAUAAUAAUUAAAAAAAUAUAUUUAAAAAGUUCUUGCCAUAAACUAAACCACUUGUUGAUGAAAAAUUAUAUAAUCCAUUUUUACAAAACAUUGAAAAUUUAGUUAUUAAAUACUAAUCUGCAUAAGAUACGCCAAAAGAAUUCGAAGGAUUAAAAAAAGAUAUUGAUCAUAACUUUGAAAUUCCAUUUAAUUAAAGAGAUAAAGUUGUUAAAUUAUCUGCCCAUAAUAUCAAAGUAUUUAAGGCCUGGAAAAAGUAUCAUGCGAAAUUGAGAAGGUAUAAGAUUCAUAAAAUUAGACCUCCACUUAAUAGAGAUCCAAAUAAUUCUAGAAAAUCUAUAUUAAUUACUUCUGAAAAAUAUAUUAAAGAACAUAACCUUGGAAAAUACAUUGAACCCGAAGAGGCUCCAGAAGAAGAUGAUACUAUUGUAAAAUCUUUUCCGAAACCAACGAAAAUUAUAUAUUGA